CACAUAAGCCUUUUCAAUAUAUCGCUUAAUUCUAUUUUCAAUUUCCAUUUUCUUUGCUAUGGCAAAUCUUCCUCGCUUGGGCCGUACACGCCAACGUCUUUCUUCGGUACCGCCGCCAGUUCCCGCCGCAGCACAGCCUGCUGUGGAACCCAAGUAUGAAACUAUGCCGUAUGCUACGUCCAUCACUACGCCGGCCCCGGCUUCUCCCCGGAGAGAAUCCCCUCGCCCGCUUUCUUCUCCGUCGAAGAAAGCCACGUCACCGUUUGCAUCACGUGUGGACAGUUCGCCGGCGGCGAAGGCAACACGGUCGCCUCCGGAUUCGAUUGGAGAUAAAUAUCUUGAGAGGAGGAAUGGGGAAACAACCCCACCUCUGACGCCGGCCAAGUCCCGGCCAGCAAAGACGUCGCCGCUAUCUCCUCUUGCUCUGCCACGUAGCCAAGUGAUAACCGGGAACGGGACGACGGCUCAACCCAGGGUUCAACCGGAGGUGGAGACCAAAGGGAUUGUAUACAACAAGGCCGCUGAUGAGAAGCCAUCAAAGUCAAACCGGCAGUCGGAGCACGGCUCCGGCAAGUCAGUACACCAAAAGCAGCAGAAGCCGGGGGUUAUGAAACUCAAAGGACAUAACGUUGGCGCCGUCAUGGAAGUAAACAAGUCAUCCGCUGGCUACCGUUUGGGCGGAGAAACCUUAAAAAAGAAAGAAACAGAAGACGACGGGGAUGUCGAUGGAUAUGGACAUGAAGAUAAGAAAACGGGGAGAAAGAAGAAACCGCCGAUAAGCGCAUUUAUGAACAGUAAUUUUCAGAGUGUAAACAAUUCUCUUCUGUUCGACUCGUCGUGCCAACACCGUGAUCCCGGCCUGCAUCUCUCGUUUCCCAAUGCGGCGGAUGGCGGUGGAGCCGUUGUUGACGGCGAUAAGAGUUACAAGCCCAAGCUGCGCCAGUGAGGAUAUGGACGGAGAAGUACUACUAUUUUAUUAUAUGAAAUAAGCCAUUUAUAUGGGUAUUUUAUGUAACCAUUAAUAAACUAUAUAUUAUAAGAAAUUUCUCUUAAAAAGUA